CGCCACUCAAUCGGAGCGGGGCCGGGGGGCUUGACGCCGCACGGCGGGGUGGGCGCAAGGUAAUGGCUUCCUGAGCAAGUCUCACUUUGUUUAUGUCGCGGGGUUGCCGACAGCCAAGAGGAGCCCGCGUUCGCCGAAGUCCGUGCUUGUUCCCCCCCGCGUCUGGUGGCGAUCGGCAGGCGAGGCCGCUGUCGGGGCAGUCGGGGCUCGGGUGGACGGGGGAUGAGCUGUUGUCUUGAAUGAAGCGGAUGCCCCCAUAGUCCCGUUAGGAGGAUGAGCUCCGUCGCCGGUCGGGAAAUCGUCUCUGUCAGUAACCCCGGAGCCGCAGCAUCCCGGGCCCUGCAUGUCGAGCUCAGGUCCCAGCAGCGUCGCUUGCGACACCUUCGGAGCAUCGCGGCCCGCAACAUCGUUAACAAGAAUGGAUCCCACCUGCUGGACACCUACUUCACUCUGCACCUGUGUGACGAUUCCAGAAUCUUCAAAGGUUUUUACAAGAGCGAGGUCAUAAGGGACUCAUUGAACCCGACAUGGAGGAGUCUGGACUUCGGCAUGCUGCCUGAUCUGCUGGACACCUCCGUGUCGUGCUUCGUGGUGCGGAUCUGGGGAGGCCAGAGGGAGCAGUACCAGCUGCUUAUUGAGUGGAGAGUCAGCCUGGAUGGACUGAGAUACACCGGGCAGCAGAUCCGUUCCCGGAAUCCAAAUGAGAUCAUAUUUGGAUUGAAUGAUGGCUACUAUGCAGCCAGUUUUGAUCAAAAGGAUCACUCUGACAGAAAGAAAAACAGCCUGCUUCAGGUGGAUCAGAGUGCAGUAAGAAACUCCUACAGCGUCUUCUCUCUGCUGAGGUUGCACACUGCCCAGAGGGCCAUCAAGCAGACCCAGGUAACAGUGCAGAAGAUUGGGAAGGAGAUUGAGGAGAAGCUGAGGAAAACAGAAGCCUGCACUGAGAGGAAGAAGGAGCGGGAGUGCAUCCAGUUGCGGAUCGGCGUGCUGCGUAGCGAGCUGGAGCGGCAGAGGAGGGCGCUGGGGCGAGAGACGGACUUCCUGCAGAAGGAGAGGGCCGCGCUGCAGAAAAAAGAAGAAGCAUUCUCGAACAAACACCAGAGUUUGGAAGUGGAGAAGGAGUCGUUAACAGAGCAACAGAAAGAAUAUACUGGCAAAAGAGAGCUGUUCCUAAAGACCAACGCACAUCUCACCCUGCGCUGUCGACAGCUCCUGUCAGAACUCUCCUACAUAUAUCCCAUAGAUGUGAACAAUCAAACGGAUUAUGUAAUCUGUGGAGUGAAGCUGCCGAAUUCAGAGGAUUUUCAAGCAAAGGAUGAUGGGAGUGUGGCGGUUGCCCUGGGUUACACAGCACACCUGGUUCUGAUGAUCUCCUGCUUCCUGCAGAUCCCUCUCAGGUAUCCCGUAAUCCACAAAGGUUCCCGCUCCUCCAUCAAGGACACCAUUACCGACAAGCUGAGCGAGAAGGAGAGAGAGUUUCCCUUAUACCCCAGGGGAGAGCGCUUUCAGUUUGAAUAUGGAGUCUACCUUUUGAACAAAAAUAUCGCCCAGCUGAGGUAUCAGCAUGGCCUGUCCACACCCGACCUCCGGCAAACACUUCCUAACCUGAAGAACUUCCUGGAACAUGGGUUAAUGGUGCGAUGCGAUCGGCCUUCAGUCUCCGUCUCCAUUCCGGUCCCGCUGAAACCCCAGCUGAGCACUUCGGUGAUGUCGGAGAUGGGCUAUCCGACCAGGACCAGCUCUCCGGACAAGGGGCUGCGCAAGCGGGCCAGCUCGGAGACAGACAGGACGCAGUACAAAACCCCCCCGCCCAGCUACAGCGCUGCCGUGACCCAGCCCAUCGGCCUCGCGGCCCCCGCGCAGCCCGAGCCGCCCAAGCAGGUCUCGUCCUCCCUGGACUCCGCUAUCGACCUGGCCAAGAGCCUGGAGGCGGGAGAGCGCCUGAAGGACGGGGACUUCGACGGCGCCCCGGCCGGCGGCGCCCAGGACGCGCCCGGCGGGGGGCUGGCGCCGGGGCCCGAGCUGUGCUGCUCCGUGGAGCGGGCGGAGGAGAUCAUGGGCACGGAGGCCACGGGCUUCGGCGGCGGGGAGCACCUGGGGGACUUCCCCUGCAUCCCGGUGGACCACGCGGUGGCCGUGGAGUGCGACGAGCAGGUCCUGGGCGAGCUGGACGCCGCCGGCUUCGAGGAGUUCUCCCGGCGCAUCUACGCGCUAAACGAGAACAUGUCCAGCUUCCGCCGGCCGCGCAAAAACUCGGACAAGUGAGCACCAGGGCCGGGGAGCUGGGUCUGGCCCGUCUGCACGGGGAGAAGAGAGGAGAGCGGGGCAAAAAGCAAAUAAAGAGAUGAAAAGGGGGGGAAUGAUAACCCGUUUGCACUUCUCAGAGCGAUUCUAUUGUCCUUUGAAUAGAAAUUCCGGUAUAAAAUUAUGGGUAAAAUAAUUCAUUGGCCUUGUUGCGGGGUGCGUCGUAGGAACCGCAGGAGAGUUGAGUGCUUGACAACUGACUCUUCGCAGCGCUAGGCUUUUAGCACGUCUGGGCACCGAACAGCUUGUAGCAAUCUGGAAAAAGAUCCUAGGGGAAUUACAUAGAAGGUUCUGACUUCAGUUCCCCUCCCCUCGCAGAACUGUUCCUCUGCCAGGAAACCUGCUCUCCACUAAGCCUGCUGGGAGAAGGUGGGCAAGUCCGUUUGAUUCAUCGAACCUCGGCCCACCAGCGCUGAGGCGUCGAACGCGCCGAGGUUUCAGGGCCCGGCGGGCCGCUUGCCCAAGAUGUUACACGCGCGCUUGGCAAGAGCCGGAGCUGGCGCGGUCCGCUGCGAAAUCCCCUCGGCCAGCGAUUGCCCGGUCCCCCGCGGUGACCCCCCCCGCACGAAAGCUGUUCCCCUUCCUCCCCCAGUCUGCGUUGAGCGGUUGUACAGAGAAGGAAAAAAGAGAUAAAUAAAACGGAAGCGAAACGGCACAUGACAUCAUUGUAUUCUGUUUACCGCAUCAGUAUGAUGGUUUCUUUUUUUUUUUUACCUUUAUUUCCAUCAAUAGAAUAUAUAAUGCUGUGGAAAUAAAUACAAUACUUAACCUGAUGAAAUAUGACCAAAAAACCUAUAUACUGUAUGUAUACUGUGAACAACUAGCUUUGAGUAUCUCAAGCCGACCAGUUAUAGUGUUAUAUCAUAAUCACAGUUAAUCAGCCAGGUGUGGUUUUCCAUUUCGUUUUAUAUUUUAUUGGAAAUUUCUUCUUUUCAGGGUCAGUUAUCUUUCCUUUGUUUAACUCCAGGCCCCUGUUCCUGCUUGCUGUUCGUCAGAAAGCUCGUGGGAUCUCUGGUGAUUAGACGGGCAUGUAUGGUUAAAUGAGAUUAGGCGUGUGGUUAGUUUAACUGUGGGGGGCUGAAUUGUGCUACUGUAAAACAUAUUUCCACCCUGUCAGAAGUCCUUCAUUUUUUACUAGGUGCAUAGGGCUGUUUUUUUUUUAAGGCAAAUUAAUUUUUUUUUUCCUAAACUAAAACCGACCAUGAAGACUUAAACCAGUCAGAUGCCUUCUGCUUAUUUACUGUAUCUGCGCUGUCAAGUAUAAUUUCUUGUCAUUGCAUAGCUUAUGAUUGAAGUCCACCAUGCAUUAAGUUGCUUUAAAAUGUUUCAAAAGGACCGUGAUUUCCACAGAUUAAUGCAGAUGAAAGUUGACGUACCUCCUUGCUUGCUAAUCUAUGUAUUAACAUAUACAAUAUGGGUAGCCAAAAGCAAAUACCCUGCACAUCCAGUGUAAACUGCAUUUAGUGGUGUACAACUACUGGCAUACGACGUUUUUCAUUAUGUACUGUGGUUGAAUGACUGUUGAAAUGUAAUGUAUUUAAAACCAAGAUAAAAAGAAUUUACAUAAAGCGUGACGUUAAGUGUACAAUGUUGUCUGAACCUUCCAGGGUUGACUAUGUAUAUAUGUAUAAUUUCCUAUGCAGGGUUUUUAUUAUUAAAAUCCACAGUUAAAUUGCA